AAACCACCUAAAAACCUCCCGAACGGUCAACUUUGCAAAGAGUUACCUCCCUUCCCAAGUCGUCUGCGGUGCGUCAAAAUGGUAGAACACGUUGGCAGUUUACAUAGGCAUCACCACCCUCACCAAUUUAUAACCGGCAAUAACGAUUUGGAGCUGGACAAAGUCUAAAGGUGAUUUAUUUUCACAAUCCAACAAGAAACCCUACAGAAUGCGCCAACACUAUCCUGAAACCCAUUAUAAACUAAAUAAGACAAUAGAUCUGUCCAAAUUAUCAGAGGAAGAACGAUGGAGAAUUGAACACCAGAGGCUACAUGAAAAGCACCGUGGCCAUGAAGCAAUGCACGCAGAGAUGGUGCUUAUCCUGUUGGUCACCCUUGGUAUUGCACAGAUCAUCCUCAUGCAGUGGAAGAAACGUCACUUCAAAUCAUAUCAGAGAGCCACCUUGAUAGGAAUGUGGUUGAUACCUGUGCUAUUCUCCAUCAAAUACCAUUGGGUCCGUUUCAUUAUCAUCUGGUUGAUUUUCUCCAUCAUCACAGCUUAUGUGACCUUUCGAGCAACACGGAAACCUCUCACUGGUACAACACCCAGGUUGGUGUACAAAUGGUUUCUGUCAGUCUAUAAGCUCAGUUAUGCAGUUGGCAUCAUUGGUUAUGUAAUAAUAAUGUUCACUCUCUUUGGUUUCAACAUCUUUCUGCAAACCAAGAUUCAGGUUGCCAUGGAUUUAGGUUUGCUUGUGCUUUUCUAUGGCCUCUACUUUGGUGUGGUAGGCCGUGAUUUUGCUGAGGUCUGCUCUGACACUAUGGCAGCACAUAUUGGGUUUUAUACAACCACUGGUUUGCCGACAAAGACGUUGGAACAGAACAUGUGUGCAGUGUGUGGUAAUGACAUUCUUGUUAUGAACAAUGAGAAUGCAAUCAUAGAAAAAACCUGCAAAUUAACAUGUAAUCAUAUCUUCCAUGAGUUCUGUAUUCGAGGCUGGUGUAUCGUGGGUAAAAAACAAACAUGUCCUUACUGCAAAGAAAAGGUUGAUCUCAAGAGAAUGUUUCCAGGACCCUGGGAAAAGCCUCACAUUCUGUUUGGCAGUCUCCUCGAUUGGAUUCGUUACAUGAUUGUGUGGCAACCUGUUAUCAUUGUUGUUGUUCAGGGUAUCAACUGGGUGAUGGGCUUGGAAUAAAACUACCCUUACUCACAUUA